UGGACCAAUCACAAGUGAGUGUUGUAGCUGGCACAUGCGCAGUACAUGUGUACGUCUUCAUCAGGCGAGAGGACCAGAGCGCAACUGGGGAGACGUUUCUCUGAACGACAGCAAGCGUUUUUGCUCUCAUUUCCUCAGUUUGGACAGACUCUGCGGAGGAAAGGACCCGUCACUAUGGCUGCUGCUGCUAAUCCUCCUCCUCCUGUUGUCCCGUCUACCAAAAGCAGCCUGAGAGAGGAUCUGACUUGUGCCAUAUGCUGUGACCUCUUCCGGGAACCUGUCAUGUUGGCCUGUAUGCACCACUUCUGCAAAGCCUGCAUCUCCAGGUACUGGAGAGGAAUACAGGGGCCCGUAACCUGCCCGCAGUGCCGAAGGGAGUUCAGCUGCAGGCAGUUUCAAACCAACUACCUGGUCAAAGCCAUGGUGGAGAAGGUCAGAGCCAGCACCUCGGACACUUACAUCCACAACUUAGAGAAACAACUGAAGGAGACUUUGGAGAGCCAUCGCCUGAGGAGGGAGGACUACAUCAACAGCAUUCGCAGAGACAAAGACAAGAUGGAUACCAUAAAGAGAUUUGGAGCGGAUCUGCAGGCCCGUGUCAAAGAUGAAUUCAGAGCUCUCCAUCAGAUCCUGCACGAUGAGGAGACACGUAUGCUGGAGCAGCUAAGGAGAGAGGAGGAGGACGAGCUGGAGAAAGUCCAGCGCCACGGGGAGGACAUCAAGCUGGCCUUGAGGGAGCUGGAGGAGAAUAUGAGGGCUCUCCAGCAGGCCAGCGCUGCCUCCGAGAACAUCAUACUGACUGAGCUCCCACAGCUACGACCGUGUGUGCAGGUGGAUAUUGCCCCGGAGUUUGAUACGAACGCCUUCAGCAACAAAUACAUGGCCCCAUUACAGUACAUCACAUGGAGAAAGAUGUUCAAGUCUUUGAAGCCAGGUCCUUCCCCAUUAACGUUUGAUGUUGACACAGCGCACCCGAGCAUCAGAGUCUCCAGAGAUAAAACCGUGGCAGUCGAAUGUGACAGCAUGAUAGUGCACGCGGACCACAACAAGCGUUUCCUCCAGUGUGUUAACAUCCUGGCUGCCCAGGGUUUUCAGUCAGGCCGACACUACUGGGAGAUAGAAGUGGGCUCCAAACCUAAAUGGGACCUGGGCGUGGCCUUAGAGACCGUUAACAGGCACUCGCGGAUCAAGCUGAGUCCCGAAAGCGGAUACUGGACUCUGCGGCUCCGUAACGGCAACGAGUACUCGGCCGGAACCCAGCCCUGGACGAGGCUGCAGCUCGGCUCUUCCCCUCAGAGGCUCGGCGUCUUCCUAGACUGCGAGGAGAGGAGGGUGUCCUUUUACAACGCCGAUGAUAUGAGCCUCCUCUACUCAUUCACUAACGGGCCGAGGGGCAAGGUGUUCCCCUUCUUCAGCCCGUGCAUCAGCGGCGGCAGUCAGGAACCUCAUCCUAUCAAACUCCUCCACUACCCACCUGUGGCUCUCUCUGGCUAACAUAGCUGCAAUCAAUAAAAGCACUUUUCAGUAUAUAAGAGCUGUCCACUCACUUUCUCACCAAAGACUGUUAUCACUCUGCUAUUAAAUGAAAGCAUUGCCAUUAUUUUCAUUAUUGAACCAUAUCGCAUGAGAUAAAAAAUUUCAUACUGUUCUCUAUGCUCUAAUGUCUGAAUAUAACCAGAUGCUUCUAUUCUCUAUCUGAAAAUGAACCUCAGAAGCCUUGAAAUGUUAUGAUGUUAUGAAAAUUGCCAUUCUCACCGUAUAAAAUAUUCCAUUGUGCUGUAAUCAUUGUGAAGAGGCUCGUUCAGUUUGCAGGCGCAAUCAGCAGCAACGCAUUUCAAAAAAAACACUGUAUUCAGCCAUUUUGGGUUGAAUACAGUGAAGCACAGAUGCACCUAAUUACGUUUUUGAGACCCGCUAGCUCUACGCUGUUCAACCAAGUAUCUGUUAUAGAUGUGGAUAGCUGACCUUUCAAAUGAUAAUCUGAAUAAUUAUCUCUCAUCAAGUCAGACUGUCUGUAGGCUCGCUCGUGAAAGUUGUUUUUUUUUUUAAAUCACCCUUGAGUUUAAUCAGCAUGAAGGAAUCAUAUCGAAUUUUACUGUGAGAUUUUAUGUUUGAUCAUAUGGUUUUUCAUGUUUAAUACAUUAGUUUAAUUUUUUAAAAAAUGUUUUCUGAUUGCACAGAUGUAACUUUACAGCACCUUAUGAGUCCUGUAGCUGCAGCAGCUUCAUUCUUUGUACGUUCAUUAAUCUACAUUCCAUGUUUCUAAACUACAACACAUGUUGUACAAUGCACUUGAUGGUUUAUUUGUAAUGGCUGAAGGAAUUACUAAAAUGUCAUUCUUUGCUAGAUUCAGUCUAUUCAAUAUAUUUCACAUUGUUCACACGUCAGUUACAUGUUCCAUCACGAUUAAAAACUCAAAACAGUUUUUGUAAAAAAAAAAAAAAUGCUGAUGCAAAUAAUAAACCAAUCACUUUUUCUUUCUUAAA